AUGUCAUUAAUACACUCGAAGAGCAGUGAGAAGGGUAAUGGAGUGAUAAAAGUAGACAAGGAUUAUGAAAGCUUUAUGAAAGAAUGGAAGAUAAAAAAUUCGGUAGACGCAAAAGAUUUUUUAGAAAAUUUUCAAGUUUUUUUUUUCGAUUGUGAUGGUGUUCUAUGGAGAGGAAAUGAACUCAUAGAAGGAGCAGUUGAAGCUAUUGAUAAGUUAAUAAAAAAAAAUAAAAAAGUUUAUUUUAUAACAAAUAAUUCCACUAAAUCUAGAAUUGCAUUGUUAGAAAAAUUUCAUAAAUUAGGUUUUGAAUUUAUUACAAAAGAACAUAUUAUUUGUACAGCAUAUGCUAUUGCUAGAUAUUUUGUAGAAAAAGAAGAAUAUAAUAGUGGAAAAAAAAAAAUUUAUGUUAUUGGAGAAAAAGGCAUAUGUGAUGAGUUAGAUGCUUGUAAUCUUACUUGGCUAGGUGGUCAUAAAGAUAAUGAAAAGAAAGUAAUAAUAAAAGAUGAUUUAGAAAUAAAUGUAGAUAAAAAUGUUGGAGCUGUUGUAGUUGCUAUAGAUUUUAAUAUUAACUAUUACAAAAUACAAUAUGCAUAUUUGUGUAUAAAUGAAUUAGGUGCGGAAUUUAUUGCUUCUAACAAAGAUGCUACUGCAAAUUUUACUCCCAAUCAAAAAUGGGCGGGUACAGGUUCUGUUGUGGCUUCUGUUGAAGCUGUAUCACUUAAGAAACCAAUCGUUCUUGGAAAACCAAGUUUAUUUAUGAUUGAAAAUGUAUUAAAAAGUUUGAAAAUUGAAAAUUCUAAAGUUGUCAUGAUAGGAGAUAGACUUGACACAGAUAUCAGUUUUGCGAAAAACUGCAAAAUAAAAUCAGUUCUUGUUUCAUCAGGCGUUACUGAUUCUAAUUUUUAUCUUAAUCAUAAUCAUUUAGAUAUUCAACCAGAUUAUUUUAUGAAAUCCAUAUCGGAGUUAUUAUAA